AUGACGGCCGUGCUCCUGCUCACGCUCAGUGGCCUCGCGCGGGCCAUGAACAGCCGCGCGCUUCUUCCUCGCUGCAUGUGCGCAAACCCGCGAGAGCCGUGCGCCUACGAUGCUCGUUGCACCACAGCGGAGAGGCCCGCCGGCUGCGCCGCUGGCGGCCAGCAGGGCUGCCGUUUCUGCGGGUUCGGCCUGUACGAAACAUGCCCGUCCCUUCCUCCGCCGAUGUCACCACCCCGCCUGCCUCCGGUAUCGCCACCACCGCCGCGGCUGCCGCCUCCGCCCGCCUCGCCACCCGAUAUUGGCCUGUGGACCGCGGAGCCUCCACCGCCCUCGCCCUCGCCGCCGCCGCCGGCUCCGCAAUCACCACCGUUGUCUGCAUGUGCAGCCGACAGCGACUGCAAAGAGAGUGGUACUCCCUCGGUGUCGGGGAUUGGCUGCUCAGCCACCACCCUCGGCAUCGGUGUCGGAGGUAUGCUGAGCUACAGCUGCGUGGACCGUCAAUGCAGUGCACGCUGCAGAGGAGCCGGAGCAAGAGCACGCAGCCACCACGUGGGGGUCACGGCGAGCGCGCGCAUCGCCGGCUUCUCCCGCCUCAGCGGCAGCCUCGGCGGGCGACGGCCCUUUCGCGAUCCCGCCGGUGGCGACGUGGAGUGCGCGCGGGCGGGCGACGCGUGCGACGCGUCUUGGCCGGGCGGCGGAGAGGAUUGCGGCGGAUCGGACGUGUCCGCCGCCACGACCAGCCUCAGCCGCCUGCUGGCGCAGCGGCGCGGCGCGGCGGCGGAGCGUGGGGCGGAGGGAGAGCUUGAGGGAGAGGGCUCGGCCGGUGGGUUUGGGCAGGGGCGCGAGCAGGCCGCCCCUCUGGGCUGCACGACGGGGUGCGCGGCCGACGAAGCCGCCUGUGUCGACGAGACGCCGCUGCAGCAGGUCGAGACCUUUGACGACUCAGUCUCAUUCGGCGCGCGGCUCGAGGAGCUGGUGGAGGGCGCCGUGGCGGAGGGGCGGCAAGCGAGGGCGGCGCUCUGA